AACAAAUUCUUGUUCUGGCAGAUCGCGAUUUAUCUUCAAGUCACCACAAAAAUGGUGUUUCCGAACCGUUAUUAAGCAGGAUAUUAACAAAUGGAGUAAUUGAUGAGGAGGAAGAACCAUUAUUUCAUAUGAUCUGCAUGAUAUGGUACCACGGCCGACAACAUGACUUAGCUUUGUAAACUGAGUUUGAUCUACUCGUCAUGAUGGAACCCACACCGCCGAGAAAACCCAAGACUGAUCGCCCUUUUUACCAGGCGCCAGAUAACCUUGCUACGAGCUCAAAAAUCAUCAGUGAGGCCCGGUCUUCUCUACGAUCUCUCAGAACCAACCGUCCAUUUACGCCUAGAGAUGAAAACCGGUCAUUGUUUGGGACAACAAGUACAAGGAAUCCAGAGACACGACCUCCAAGUGCUUUCAGCCUUGGCUCCCGACAUUUUGAUGGCUCUGACUCUAGGCCUGUCUCUGGCACACGGCUAACGCCAAUUGAUCAUCAGCUGAACAAUGCCACUGGCUCUGGUAGUGGCACAAGUCUCAGUGCUAUUGAUGAAAAACCAAAAGCUGUCGCUGAUAUCGAUGUCGUCCUUGCACCUAAGCCACCUGUUGAUCCAAACCGUCCAAUUUCUAGAAAAACGCCACGAGCCCGUGGCAUGCAACCUGGUGUUAGUAGUGAGAAUAUAGGAGACAAAAGUGAUGUGAGUGUGAAUAAUAACAGUGUCGAGCGACGGGUACACAGCGGCCCGAAGGAGAGGACGUCAUCUUCGUAUAUCGAGGAGAGAGGGGAGGGCGAUGGCAGCGAUGAACCCAGAGCUUCAAGUGCAUCAGAGGGCAGGAAAACGAGCAGUGACCGUAAGCACCGAGACAGCGGCAAGGAGAGCGGGUAUGGCAGCGACAGAGUUGGAAGUGGUGGAUCGAGCCGAGGCUCUAGUGCUGGCAAAUCAGGCACGACCAGCUCUGCUGCCGCAAAGGGGGGUGAGGAGACCCCUGAAGAAGCGCUGUACUACACACAACAUGUCGGACUAAUCAUUGAGGAGAUGAUCACCCAGAAGGGAAAUACAGAGCGGUUGAUCCACCUUGGCAACAUGCUGUAUAAGGCAUUAUCCGAGGGCAAUCUACUAGGGAGGAACUGCAAGCGACGAUCGGCUAUUCUCAAAUCGAUAUUCAAACUUCUGGACAUGGAAGAACCGAGACUGCUCCUUGUUCUGGCACGGAAUAUUCUUGCUCUGAAAGUGAGUGGCAACAACUUGAUGAAUGUGUGUAAGUUAGUGUUCAAGGUCAGUAAAGAUGAGAAGAAUGACACCCUGUUCGUGGAGGACGGCGUCGUUUUAGGUCUCCUUGUUCAGACUUUGAAAGGGAUGGACAUCGUCGCCUCGACAGAUGCACUGGUUUACCUGAUUGGAGCCAUCAAACUCAUCUCUGGUAGUAACGUGACGCUGAAGCCCAUCGCUAAGGAGGGAUGCAUAGGAGCAUUGGCGAAGAUGCUGACACAGAUCAACCAGCUGAUUUCGGAGGCUGGUAAGCCUAUGGAGCAACUGGGUCACAUCCUGGUUCAGUUGACCGCCGCGUUGCGGAAUCUAGCCGAUACUAGUUCUAGUCGUGAGAAGUUCAUUCAUUACAAGGUCGUUGAUGAGGUGUGCCGCGUGUUGGAACUCUGCCCUGGUGAUCAUGAUUCGGUGCUCAAUGUAUCAAGGAUACUCAGCAAAUUAACAUUACACAUGGACUGUUGUAAUAUUGUCUCCCAGAAGACGUCCUCCUUCAAAUCUUUCCUCAAUAUAUUGACUAAAUACCAGAAGAAGGAGGAUGUUGUGGUUCGCAUCAGUUUUAUUCUUGGCAAUCUCACCGCUAAAAGUGACGACUCACGAUUGGCGUUGUACCAGCAGCCCAAGUCAAUAGAGACCAUUAUUUCAGUCUUUAAAUAUUAUAUGGAAGCAAAUUUGAAGUCAUCAGAGGCAAGACGCCGAGACCCGUCCAUAAGUAAUCAACCGAAGAAAGAAACAAAAAAUGUUGAGGACGUCUUGAUGAAACUUGUGCGAGUCAUAGCUAACUUGUCAAUCAAUGAAAAUGUUGGUCCGACUUUAGCUGGAGAUAGACAGUGUCAUAAAUUGCUGCUUCAUAUAUUAGAUUCGAAGGACGUCACCACAAGUGAAGAGUUGGUGUUGAAUACGAUAGCUACAAUCAAUAAUCUGACUUACUAUAUGUACACAGACAAAGGAUCGGAGGAUUAUGUCGAUCUUCAGGUCAAUAUAGCUGAAUCUCUGUUAAAAUUGGUGCUGACAAAUCAUAUGGAGGGACUGAUCGAGGCCGUCCGGGUGUAUGGAAACUUGUCACGACAAAAACCUGUGCGGGACUUCUUAGUGGAAAACAAAGUUGAUAAAAUCCUCGUUACUCUGCUGGACUCUGGUAAUCGUGACAUCGUGUAUGCGGCGUGCGGUGUCCUCAUCAACAUGAUGGCCGACACUGAGAAGAGGGCGACACUAAAAACAGAGGGAGGAAUCACCAAGCUUGUUGAUGUUCUUUCGGAUUUCGGCCGCAAUGAUUGGCAGUUAGCCAGCAUGGUUUGUCAGAUCUUGAUGAAUUACAGCGCCAAGAUCACGAGUUCUAAUGAUUGUUUUGGAGAACAAGAAACUCAAACACUCUCAGAGCUGCUAAUUGAAUAUCUUGAUGAUGAAGCUGCCCUGGAUAACUCGGUCAUGUCAAGUCUGGACGCCGAGAUGAGGGAAUUCAUGAGUGACAAGUGGGAGGCAGAUUUCUGCCCUGUGGCCUCACAGCUCCUUGACAGAAUCGAACGUCACCAGUCAGAAUUCGAGCCAUUGGAGCCAUCACCGAGUUGACCUAAUUAGUAGUGAUUGACAGGUGUCAAGAGAAGCUGGAGAGAGAAGGAGUGGUAUGGUCUGUGGCACCAGCUUUGUUGUCUGAAGCACUUGACAACAGUGCCAUCAGUGUCUCGCUCAAGUUGCCACUCGGUCCUGUUCCUGGUCUGUUCACUGGCCUGGUUCUGAUUGCGGGAAUCAGAUACCACAUCAGGGACUUGAAGGAACAGCUGACUCUUAUUUGCCUUGUGCUUUAAGUUAUGCUUGCUGGAGCACCUACGCUAUGGUUCUUGAAGUUAACAUUCACUCAAUGUAUUGAGUUAACAUCUCUCCUUAAAGUCGUCAUUGUACAUCAUGUACAAGAUGAGCCAGUUAUCUAUUUCCCCUUUUGGACUUUUAGUGAACACAGUCAAACCCUAGAAGUACAUUAUUGUAUCAUUGCGUGUUAUAGGGUGUCAAACACUGCUGUAGCUUUAGGUCUGUGUGUAGCAGACGUCUUCAACUGAUAUAUGUCUUGUGGUUAGGCUAGUUCAACAUUCCAUUAACUUCCCAAGGCUUUGGGUGCCAAACUCAUAACUAUCACUGUCACUGAAGGCCUUUGUGAACAUGCCAGCAAUGGACUGUUUUUGUUAUGAUUUUCACUGUGUCGCCUGGCUCUACUUGCAGUGAACUUUGGCCAAUGGGAAACUACAUGUAUCACAUGUCCUAAUAUCUCGGGAGAAAGCAAAAAUUGUUACAGAGACUGUCCUGAGUUUCAAACUCUUGCUACCAAAAUUGUAUAUGAUAGUAGCUGGUACAAUUCUUGCCUGCCUUCCAGAUUGAAAACACUAUCUUUGAAGGGUAUUUUUAUGCUCCGUCCAUUUUGCACGAUAUGCAGCAGAGCUUUCUUAUACCGUCGACCAUAAUCACAGCUUCCGCCAGUUCAGACCCAGAAUUGGUUCAGUGCCUGUCUUUCUUUGGAGGUGGUGUUUAUCUUGUUUUGACGUUGAGUCCUGUGGCGCAGGGAUAACCUGCUGGAAGAGAUGGUUUUGGACGACAUUGUUCCACGUGGUUCUGCAUGAAAGUGUAAUGAUAAAAAAAGACUUGUAAGACAUGAUCACUUUUUCAAGCCCUUUGCAAUAAACCUAGAGCUUUCUCGUGGUAUUUGUAGUCGUGCUGUGCCAGUUUGAGUAGCCAUUUUUGCACCAGUGAUUCCCCAGUCAUAUUUUACUUGUAAGUGUACAGUUUGAGCUUGCUGUUGUUCAGCGAUUGACAAUAUCAUGUCCGUCCAAAGUGAAGAUUUUAGUUCACGUUGUUGAAGUGUAUUAUAAACCUUUGAUAUCAUAAUUAUAAUUUAUUGCGUGAAUUUGGGAAUAUUGAAUACUCUAUUGUUAGAACUUGAAUUGGCUCAUUUGAUAAUGAAUUUCAAGAAGUCUUGGAAUCCUGCCUUUUUGCACAAUUUGCUUCUCUCCAGAUCAGUUAUCAGUUGAUUGACAGCCAAGUAUCGACAUUGGGUGAUAUGAAUAAAGACUAGCAAAUGCUUUUACUCCGGUUUUGUACAGAAAGGCCUAGUGUAAAUGUACAUGGAGAUUUAGAUAAAAGCGUUUGCUAUUCUUUAUUCAUAUCACCCAUAGUGUGGUUUUAUAAUGCAGAUUUUCUGUCAGCAGAUGUGUUUACUAUUUGAUUAUCAAGAAGACAGUGCUGUGCAUGUGCAUGUGGUACAAAAACACCUGCACAUGGAGACAAGGCAGUUAAGGCACCAUCAUGUCAUCUCGAUAUUUGGCUUCAUUUGUUUUUAGCAAAGUAGCGAAUGACUAAUGAAAAAAUAUAACCAGAUAUGUUUUGAUGAGUUCCUUGUUUUUCACACCAAUUUGCCUGUCGCCAGAUGAGCAUAUUUUGUGGUGGAGUGGCAAAACUUCGCCGAAAUCUUGGGUCAGGCUCUGUUUAAUUCAGAAACAUUGGUGCCAUAAUUUGGUCCUCGACAAAGUGCCACCACCGGGAAAAGAGAAAGAAGCAAAUUGUGCAAACAGCAGGAUCCGAAAUGUAUGGGUACUUGUUCAUGUGUUUCAAACAGUCAGUUUAUUUUAGGAAUGGGUGUCAAGACUAUCAGGUUAGGUAAAAGUAGUCGCACAUUUUAAAACCGAAUCUGGUUUCAAUUGAGCAGACACAAAGUUGUCCUUGUCCACGUGUAGGGACUGAGUAUAGCGAAGUGACUUUCCAAAGGUCACAACUUUCACAGUGUACAGUCUGUAUAUAGUGUUGUUUUGCAUUUCUUCUAAACGUAGUUAAAAGUCUCUGGGCCGAAUUUACGAAGGGUGUUUAAGAGUUAGACGCGUGUAAAUUCUACAUAAUCAGUUUCAGGGCCUAAUGCGGUUUUCAUGAAGAAACCCUGCAAGGCCCUGACUCUGUCUAUUAAGACAUUAAACGCUGUUUUAAGCUAAACACCCUUUGUAAAUUCGGCCCUCUGUGUAAAUAAAAUGAAAUAGGGCUGUUUUCCAAAAAAUACAAUUGAUGUUCAAUUUGAUCUGUCAAUUUGAAGGUGUCUUGACAGGUAUUGGUAUAAAGAUUUCAUUUAGUGCCAGAAAAAUGUCACAGUUUGCGAUGCCAGUGGUUUAUUUAUAUUUAUAAUUUAUCCAAUGACUGAUCGAGCUCCUUGCAGUGUUCAGACUAAACUUCCUACAUGUCGAAAAAAGACCAUAUCACAAUGUGUAGUGUUGGUGCAUUGAAUUCAUACUGCUGUUCAUUGUCUUCUGAAGAACUGACCAGGGGCUGGGAUUGCGGGCUAGAAGGAUUUAGUGGGACAUAGUGGGUGCCUUUUAGAAAUCACAGCAAUACACACUGGGAAACAAAGUUCUCAAUAAACUGACCCACCUGUCAAGAAUGUGAGGGAAUCUAUCCACUGAUUGUUUGGAUAGAAAUCCUUCCAUAAAAAGGCUAAAACUGGUCUACAGAACAUCCCCUGUGUCUUCAAAAUGUCAAUAUGCAACAACUGUCCACACCAUAAACUAGUGAUAUUGUUAUGAGAUAAACCAAUACAGUUGCACAGUGCUUUAACCAAUGACUGGUUGAAUAAAAGUUUUAAAAACAA